AGGUACUGAAAAUGAAUUUUUCAAAUAUUUUGGAAAAGUGAUAUCAAGUACAUGUUCUUUUGAGCUUGAAUUUGGUGAAGAUGAAAAAGGCCACACAAAUAGUGGCAGGCUAAAUAAGAUUUGGAAUAAAAUAUACUGAAAUGACACGCGAAAGUGAGUGAGCAUGAGUGUAACUGCCCAAGGUGCCGCUUGGCGGCGUGAACCCUGAGCUGUGUAGCAUGUCACUUGCAACCACAGUCUUAUCUCACACACACUUGUCAACAAAGGCAAAGCUCUGGUUUAACUAAGCAAAACAUUCCCCUGAUUUUCAUCUCACACGUCAGUCGCUAUGGCGUCCAGACGUCCAUCCACCUCUACUGAAAGCAGCAGUACCGCCAAGAGGAGCAGGAAGACGCUGACUCUUCAGCAAAAGGUAGAUGUGUUGGAUGGGUUCAGGAGGGGAGAGACGACAGCAUCCAUCAGUUCUGCUCUUGGCAUCAGUGAGAGUACGGUUUAUUACUACAAGAGUCGCUACGUUGAGGGGUCUGUCUUCCGGAAAACUGCGCAUUCUGACGUGGAAGCUGCCAAGAAGAUUUCGGCUGACCUGGAUGCCAUCAUUAAGGAAGGAGGUUACACGGCCAAGCAAGUUUUCAAUAUAAGCGAGACGAUUCUUUAUUGGAAAAAACUCCCUGGCAGGACCUUUAUUUCUGAGAAGGAGUCAACUGAGCCAGGUUUCAAGGCUUCCCAGGACGGGCUCACUCUCCUCUUGGGCGCUAAUGCUGAGGGAGACUACAGACUUAAACCUGCCCUGGUGUAUCACGCCGAAAAUCCACUUGGUCCGAUGGCCUAUGCAAAUGCUCUCCUUCCGUGUUAUUGGUACUCCAACCCUGAGGCCUGGAUUACUGAACAAAUCAUCAAUGACUACUUUUUUAAGUUACACUAUGAACUCAAGUGUUACUGCGAGAGAGAAGGCAUAGCAUUCAAGAUUCUCAUUGUUCUUGGCAUUGCUCCAAGCCACCAACCUAAAAGAGAAGCUCUUUCUGACAACGUCAGGAUUUUAUUCCUCCCUCCAAACACUACAUCUUUAUUGCAGCCCUUCGACCAGGGAAUCAUCAAGACUUUUAAGUCGUAUUACCUCCGUAUAGUUGUAAAAUGCCUGGUUGAGGAGGUGGAAAGAAGAAAAAUUUCUGUGUACGAUUGUUGGAAGGCGUUCAUCAUCUAUGCUGCUAUUGGCUUCAUAAAGUCAGCUUGGGAAGAGAUUCCUAGGCGUUUUUUGAAUGGCGUGUGGAAGAAACUGUGUCCCAAGUUAGUGCACGAGUUCACUGGCUCCAGCAUCGAGGAGAGUGUGGAAUUGGCAAACAGGGAAACUCUGUCCAAGAUAAAAACAGUAGGCUUCACUGACGUUCAUCAUAAGGACAUUGAGAACCUCAUCGAAAUGGUAAAUGAACAGCCAAAGGAAAUUACCAAGAAACGGUUGCGGACAAAAAUUGUGGAAGAUGCACUGAAUAAGAUCAAGGAAGGACUUCAGAUCUUAGAAGAUAAAGAUCCAAACACCGAGAGGAGUUCGAAAAUGGCAAGAAAUAUUCAAGGAUAACCUUGGCCCGUCUUUGACUUCCAGCAGUGCGUACUGGGAACUUACGUUGGAUGAACAAGCGAUUGUUGAAAGUGAUCUGUUCUCAUCAGGAAGUUAGAGUUAGACUGGGUUGCAUACUGCCCAGACCCAAAGUAUCGAAUAUACUUUACCAUUCUCUACAAUGUAGGUCAUAUAUUGACCCUAAAAAUUAUUAGCUCAUCGCCUACACUCAAACAUUGGAGUCUUGAUAAAAAACUGGUGUUCCCUGGUUGCUUAACUGCUUGUAUGAUUCUAUUGCGCUCUUCUCUAGUAAGCUGAUCCUUCUCCUUUUACUGUUUUUAGUUUUUACUAGUCACUCUUUAGCUUGGUUCGGGUAGGUCUUAUCGUAUUUGUCCCUGAUCUUUUUUAUGUAUAAAAAUAUUAUAUUUCAUUAACUUUCCUUUUUUCCUUUUUUUAUUAUUCUAAUUUGAGUCAUUUCCAACCUUGAAAAAGCAAUCUGAUUUUGCGAAACAUAUUUGGCCCUAAUUAACUAGUUAAAUCCUCAUAGUGCCUCGUAGCGGUGCUCCAUUGUUACAUUUUCGUUCGUGGCUUUUGCCUUUAUUUACAUAAUGUAUGUAUGUAUGUAUGUAUGUAUGAAUACGUAAUAUAUAUAUAUAUAUAUUACAUAUACAUACAUACAUACAUACAUACGUGCAUGGAUAAUGUAUGUAAAUAAAGGCAAAAGCCACGAAGGAAAGUGAAACAAUGGAGUGCCGCUGCCAGGCCUUUCGACUUCUUGUUAUUUAUUAAGCAGACUGAUAUACGUAAAUAUGAAAGGGGUUACAAUUUAAGAGGUUUACAAAAGAUUGAGUCCAACUGCUCGGAAGUAGGGAGAAGACAAUUAAAAGAUUAUACAGGGCGGUGACUGACCAGAAAUUGUUAAAAAACUGCAAUUCAAUCUCAUUUUGUUAAAUAGUAAAUUUUUUUCUCUCACAAAGUGAACAUUUUUACAAAACAUAAUAAACAUACCGAUACAAAGAAACUAUCUUUAAGGUGACUAAUUUGUAAUUAAGUCAGUGAUUUUAUCUCUGAGGUCAUUCUUAAGGCUGUUUUACAUUAGUGGACUUCUCAUCAAGACUCAAGCCGCACCACCAACUCGUCAAGCCAAGCUUGAUGGCUGAAGCCUGACCACAGUGACUCCACUGACAACGACUCAGCUGUCAUCCAGUGCUCUAUUUUACUGCAUCGCCAUUGAAUGGCAAACGACUGACGGUCAUAAACUCUUCUUUUCUGGUCCUUUCCUUCAUGAUCGUGCGGCGGUAGCAGGCCAUACAAUAAUAGCUACUAUACAUUAAUAGAUUAAACACUAUGAUAACGACCACUUCGGCAAGAAACAUCGAUUCAAGGCUAAGGGACCACCACUUAUCAUUCACAUAGCUGUGAACACGUCUUGAUGUGUGGCGUUUCGCCCGCCCAGUCUUGGACUACACACAGUCAAUGGUUCGCUCUCAUCGCGUCAGCAUAUCCCAUGCAAGAAUCCAGAGUCACCUUACACAGCAGUCGACGGACCGAUGAGUGCCUGCUGUCACUUAUUGUCUAGCCGGUCGGAUUUUAUAGAAUUCCGUGUCUGGAAUUUAAGAGGUCAAAAUCAUUGUUGAUUAUUGCUCGGAUAUUUAUAAGGAAAAGGCUAUAAACAUUUUCCGAUGUUGCUCUGUACUGUUGGGUGCGUAUUGAUUGAAGUGGAUUCGCCUGCAGCGUGUUGUGGUUACCGGCAGUAGAGCAGGUAAUGAAAGAUUUAAUGUUUUCCGUACAUCAUUACCGGCAGAGUCAUGUAGUUGCUCAGUACAGACUGACAGGUUUCCAGUACUUUUCACACACUCAUGUUUUUUUUAGCAGAAUUAAAUGUAUCCGUUCGUGCUUUUGCGAUGCUAUUUCACACACUGUACAGUAUAUCUUAUUAUUUUUGUCUUGAAUGUCACAUUACAAUUAUUGAGAGAGAGAGAGAGAGAGAGAGAGAGAGAGAGAGGUAUAAGUAUUAAGUUGCUUAACUAAAAAGUACCACGUUUAGGGUGUAGUUAUUUUCAUAUUUCAUUGCAUUCCACGAUUACUCUCUCUCUCUCUCUCUCUCUCUCUCUCUCUCUCUCUCUCUCUCAAUAAUUGUAAUGUGAAAUUCAAGAGAAAAAAAAUAUAAGAUAUACUGUACAGUGUGUGAAAUGGCAUCGCAAAAGCACGAACGAAAACAUUAAAUUAUGCUUAACGGAUCUUAACGAUGCGUGUUUCCAUAGUUAUCAGUUGCCAUAUUUUGACCAUUUUUCCCUAUGCUACCAUUUUAGAUGUGAUAUAAUUUUUGAUAUGUCUCUUGGAUUAAAUGUAAUGUGUAGAGUCCAGCUUAGUUUAGGUUAUGAACUACGUGGAAUUGCUGUUAGUUGCAAGAUUAUGGAAAAUUUUAAAGUGCAAGCUAUGAUAUAAGGUCAUUGUUGCUUAAUGGAUUUUGUUAUCAAUUAGAGAGACCAGAACCCCAAAGUGUCAGUUGAGGUGUUACUCCUCUGUAUAUAUAUAUUAUAUAUAUAUAUAUAUAUAUAUAUAUAUAUAUAUAUAUAUAUAUAUAUAUGUACAUACAUAUAUAUUACAUUUUUUAUUUCUUUAAUUGUAAAUGAAUAUUGGUUUUAGCGAUCAGAGGAAUAAUGAGUGAUUCAGUAAUAUUAUUCAUAGAUUAAAGGAAAUGAUUUUAUUUUUAUGAGGUAUAUGAGGGUAUCCCCAAACAUCUUCCUGUUGAACAUAAAAAAGGAUCUUCCCUUCCUGGUCUUUUUCAGAUUGUACUAUUGCAACUAAUGCUGAUUUCGUAAUUUCAAAGAUAAGUUGUAACUCGCUGAAUAUCAAAAGACAUCAUUUGGACUGUGGACUGUGAUGACAUCUUUUUGGCAUUAGUCUCACCAUUUAUAGCCCGAUGUACUCAUGUUUUUCUGAAUCUAUUCCAAGAUAUUAUAUGUAGUAUGAGGAAAUCUAAACUCUUGAUCUGUCCUGGUAAAACUAUUCUGGCUAUUUGCUAGAAAAUUCCCUAACAUUUCAAUAAUUCAACUGUUAUCCUUUUCAUCUUUUUCGAAGCUUUUGGUCAUUCAACAUUUCCACUAUUAAUCCUUUACCUUUCCCUGUAUUAUCUGCUCACGAAAUUAAUGGUGUUAUAUAUCUUCCUUGGAGAGUGUCAAGGUAUUGAUCAAUAAUAUACUUUGGCAUGAUUCCUGUUGGGUUCCGUUGAUGGAUUAAAUUUUGUGCUUUUUUUAACAUUUUAACUUUCAUGUUUCUCUACAAGCUGUAAUUUUGUUGCGUAUACAUCGACUGUAAGGCAUUUGUUUUAAAGCUUUCAUCAUU